AGGGAAGACGACAGGGGAAUCAGAGACCGGUGACUCUGGCAAAAGAAGCUGCUGGAGCAAGAGAGAGCAAACGGCGCAGUGGCCAGGAUCGAGCCAGGGGGCAGCGUAUUACAGCCACAACGAAGCGUGGAGACCAGCUGAAACCUGGACACACACAGACAUGAUGUACAGGGACACACAGCUGAGAGAGGAAGGACAGUCACACACACACACUGCAAGAUUCAGCACAUAGACAUUACUACUAGGUACACGAUAUUUCAUUUUCUUGGCCGGGGAUGGUGAUUGCUGGAGAGGAAAACUUCUGGAGAGGAGAUUCGCUUCUAAGCAGGACUAGUGUUUCUGCUAACUUUACCAUUUUUUCCUUUUUCUGUUUUUUGGAGUUGGGGGUUUAAACCUUCUAUCUGAGCACAACACAAACUAACCUCUCUUCCUAGUUGCAGAAAAUGAGAGCAUUGUUUGUGAUCAAUAAGAUGCCUCCUCCUGAUUCAGUCUGAGCAGGAAGUGGAUUACGGCGGCAAUAUUUUUGGGGAUUUCUCUACCGUGUGAAAAGAAAGAAAAAAGAAAACAGAAAUUCAUCCCUGACUGCUGGAUUUACGGCAAUCGGAGAAGGAGAGGAUCCUGUGCGUUUUCUCCCCUCUCCCCCUGUGGAUUACAGAUGGGCUUCGUGAUCUCCCCGUGCAUUCUCAUGGAUGAUCGCUCGCUGCCAGUCAUUAGGAUAAAGUACAAAGAGGGACACAAGUGAGUAUUCAGCUGGAUUCUUAUCUCUGAGGCUUAAGCCUGUAUGAAUACGACGGUGCAGAGAGUGUUAUGAGAGCACAUCGCCGCAACUUUUUCCUCUUUUUGAUAACAGAAAUUGGAACUCGUUGAAUAAACUGCUCAGUGAAUGCUUAUCAGGUUGUGAAAGGCAGACACCUCCUGGGAUUUAUUCGUUUUUUUGCACAAGUGAACCUGUAUGUUUACAGACCAUUUGCCAAUUAACAUCAUUUACUAAAUGAGGGGUACUGUCUACCGGGCAGGUGGCUUAGGCACAAGCGCAGAUUGAUAGAAGUGAUCUGUGAGAAUCCUAUUAAUGCAUCCUGGAUUCUGGCCAAGACAGAAGCAAUGGAGGGGAAAACCACUGUCUAGCAGCACAAUCUGAUCUGCCUCCUCACUGGACAAACCGACUACCCGUUGAGCUGCCCUCCUCAACAACACUCCUCCUUCUCCUCCUCCUCCCCCCAUCAGCCAAGCAAGGAUGGUACCCCCACCUCCCACCAACAAGCCCCACGUGUGCCUCUCCACCAUUCUGAUCAUGAGCAGCAUGGCGCUGAUUGACGCCUACCUGGUGGAGCAGAACCACGGACCACGCAGGAUUGGCAUAUGCAUCAUGGUGAUGGUGGGAGACAUCUGCUUCCUCAUCGUGCUGCGUUACGUAGCGGUGUGGGUGGGUGCUGAGGUGCGCACGUCUAAGCGAGGCUACGCCAUGAUCCUGUGGUUCCUUUACAUCUUCGUGCUGGAGAUCAAGGUCUACUUCGUGUAUCAAAACUACAAGGCGGACAGGAAGAGCUUGGACGCCCUCGCGAGGAAGGCGCUAACACUUCUGCUGUCCAUCUGCAUUCCGGUGCUGUUCGUGGUGCUGGUGGCUAUCGACCACAUGGAGUACGUGCGCGCCUUCAAGAAGCGCGAGGAGAUACGCAACCGUCUCUUCUGGGUGGUGGUGGACUUGCUGGACGUACUGGACAUCCAGGCCAACCUGUGGGAGCCCCAGAAAAAGGGUCUCCCUCUGUGGGCGGAGGGCCUGAUGUUCUUCUACUGCUACAUCCUCCUGCUCGUGCUGCCCUGCGUGUCCUUGAGCGAGAUCAGCAUGCAGGGCAUCAACAUCGUGCCCCACAAGAUGCUCCUGUACCCAAUCCUCAGCUUGGUGACCAUCAACGUCAUCACACUCUUCAUCCGCGGGGGGAACAUGAUUCUGUACCGGGACGCCAGGGUGUCGGGGAUCCUGAUGGGGAAGAACGUCCUGGCCAUCAUCAUAAAGACCUGCAGCUUUGUGCAGUACAGGAGACAGUUGCAGAGCGCUCCUCCCGCCUUCGGGGUCGAGCUGCAGAAAAACUCUGUGGCCCACGCUAGGCCCGCCCCCACCCCCCCUCAAGUGGUCAUGCAGGACCAGACACCCCUCCCCGAGGUGACGACGUGCGAACACACAUGACAGAGGGGCGAGCAGAAUCCUGGAGACGUCAAUGUGAAUACGUUUGACCCUCAGGACGCUGCCAGGGCACAAUGUUCCACAGCUUCAGGGCAUGGGAACUGUCGUGUGGACACACAGGAGAUCUUCACCUCUGCUGCUUCAUGGCCCACAGGACACUGCAGACACUUAGAGCAGAAGACAGGGCAGUGCUAUAUCCAAAGCAGUCAUGGUGCAACAAACAGUAUCCCUUGUGAGUUUGGUAAAGCUUUCAGUGAAUUCAGUUAACUGUGUAUUUUUUCUAACUGUACAAAUGAGAAAAAAUGCCACUACUGCAAGAUCAGAGGAUAUAUUUUCGAAUUGUGUGUUGUUCUAAUCUUGACUUUAAGGGUCCGUGUGCUGUGGUGUGUUUUUUCUGUUGCUCGAAUGUUCUUAGUAGUCCGAGGCUUUAACGUGACAAAGUCAGAAGGUGCAACCAAUGAGAGCAUCAACGUAAUUAAAAUGAUAACAGCAGUUCAAGCUUUCUCUUGAAAGAUGUGUGUUUUAUAUGUGAUUCUUUGAUAAAGUAUUGUGUACAAGAUAAAGGCUUUAUUGGUCUUUC